ACGCUUUAAUAUUUAUUCCGGUGUCUCCAUAUAGAGCCCUGCAGGCUCACGCGCUCCACGACUCCGCUAUGUCUGAGGCUUAUAAGGAAUCGCUUUCUAUUUAUAAUCCUACAGCGUGCCGGCUAAUCCAGGAGGUCCCUGGAAUUAUAUCCGAUAACCAGUGGGAGCCAGGGCGGAGAUGAAACAGCUGCUGCACCUCUAUACAAUGAUAUAUAUGACUAUUAUCCACUAGUGAUGAGCGGCAGCGGCCAUAUUCGAAUUUGUGACAUUUCGCGAAUAUAUGGACUAAUAUUCAUCGAAUGUUCGCGAAAUUCGCUAUAUUGAACAUUGGUGAAGACCUUGGUGGUGUUUCCUCGACUUCUUUGUGGUAAACAACUCCGCCCUCCGUAGUCCUUACGAAGAUGGAGCGAUCCACACAAGAGCUCUUCCUCAACUUCAUGAUCGUGUUGAUCACCGUGCUGUUGAUGUGGCUUCUGGUCAAGUCUUACAUGGAAUAAAAGGACUGCACAAUGCUUCUCAGAAAUGUCUAAGUCAAUGUUUUCAGCCCCUUCAGUGAUGGAGAUGUCUCCUCAACACUGAAGGGGCUCCGUGAAUACGUCUAUGGCACCGUGUACAUAACAUCCAUUCUCAUAUUCAGAGCUUAGCUGCAAUAAUUCAUAGGAACCAAAGGAAACUAUUUGUCUUCAUUUAAAACAUGCUGCUUUUCCAAAACAUAAAAGAAAAGCCAUACUACGGUCAACCUCUGACCAUGUCAACUGCUUGUAAAGAUCAGCUUACAGUGUUACCACCACCAAUGUCUACAACGUAAGAAGCAAGACAAAUACAAAACAACUAAUCCCGGGAAACAACAAGAUUUCAGCUAAAUAAAACA